AUGCUGUGUAAAGAUGCUAUUGAAUUCUGCAGCCAGCUUCCUGACAAGGCACAGAUGAAGGAUUCCAGAAUGUCCGGGGAGCUCCCUGCUCUGUUUGAGGAUGUGGCAGUGUAUUUCACUCGAGAGGAAUGGGGCCUGCUGGACAAGGAGCAGAAGGAGCUCUACAGAGACGUGAUGCAGAUGAACUAUGAGCUGCUGACCUCCCUGGAGCCUUCUGCUGCCAAACCAGACUUGAUCACAAAACUGGAACGGAGAGCUGCACCCUGGAUCAAGGGCCCUAAUGGGCUAACAUCAGGGAAAAUUCGCUCCCUGGGGAAAAAGAAGAUGGUGGCAGUGAGAGAAGCCGACAUCCAAACCCAGGCCUCAGCUACAAAGUCCAUCCCUCACCCAGCCUCUGCGGAGACACGUAGCUCCCACUGCCCUCCCAGCAUGUGUGAAGAAACGGAUGGACCUGGGAGCAUCAAGAGGACGUACAGGCCCCGUUCCAUUCAGAGGUCAUGGUUUGGGCAGUUCCCCUGGCUAGUAAUGGACUCCAAGGAGACCAAACUGUUCUGCUCUGUUUGCAAAGAAAGACCAACUCUCCACGACAAGUCAUCCCGCUUGGUCCAAGGUUACACGGGGCCUUUUAAAGUGGAAACUUUAAAAUACCACGAGGUCAGUAAGGCCCACAAGCUCUGUGUCAACACUGUGGAGAUGAGAGAUGACAGCCCUCAGCCUGCCCUCACCCCAGAGGUUUCCAGCCACCUCAUGGCCAACAUGGAACCCUUCUUCAAAGCUGCCUACUCCAUUGCCUACCACUCCAGGCCUCUGAAUGACUUCGAGAAGGUCUUGCGACUCCUGCAGAGCACUGGCACCACACUGUUAGGCAAGUACCGGAAUCGCACCGCAUGCACCCAGUUCAUCAAGUACAUCUCCGAGACGCUGAAGAAGGAGAUCCUGGGAGACAUCCGGAGCUCGCCGUGCGUGAGCCUGCUCUUGGACAGCUGCUCGGACUCCUCCAGCCAGGCCAGCGUGGGGAUAUACAUGCGCUACUUGAAGCAGACGGAAGUGAAGGAGUCGUUCAUCUCCCUGGCCCCUCUCUCCAGCGAGACAGCAGAUGGCUACUUAGAGACCAUCGUUGCCGCCCUGGAUGAGCUGGACAUCCCUUUCCGGAAGCCCGGCUGGGUGGUGGGCCUGGGUGUCGAUGGGUCUGCCAUACUGAGCUGCAAGGGAGGCCUCGUGGAAAAGUUCCAGGAGAUCAUCCCUCAGCUGCUGCCUCUGCACAGUGUGGCCCACCGGCUGCACGUGGCUGUGGUGGACGCCUGUGGGAGCAUCGAUCUAGUGAGGAAGUGCGACCGGCACCUCCGGACCGUCUUCAAGUUUUACCAGUCCUCAAACAGGAGGCUCGGCGAGCUGCAGGCUGUUGCAGCCCCACUGGAGCAGGAAAUCCUCCGCCUGAAGGACUUGAACACCUUCAGGUGGGUGGCCAGCAAAAGGCGCACUCUGAACGUGUUCAUCGUGAGCUGGCCUGCCCUGGCUAGGCACCUCCAGAGCGUGGUGGAGGCCGGGGGCCAGAUUGGUCAGAGGGCCAAAGGCAUGCUGAGGCAGGCGAAGGGCCUCCAUCUCAUCAAGUUCUGCCACUUCCUCUUGGAUUUUCUGAACAUCUACAAGCCUCUGUCUGAGGUAUGCCAGAAGGAGCUUGUGCUGGUCACGGAGCUGAAUUCUGCCCUGGUGCGCGCUUAUGUGGCACUGGAGAGCCUCCGCCAACAGGCGGGGCCUAAAGAAGAGGAGUUCAGUGCUGGCUUCCAGGAUGGGCAGUUCCAUGGCAUCUUCCUGGACAGAGUGGAGAAGGCCGAGCAGCAGUUCCAGGCAGCCAGGGAGAGAAUGAUCCUGACUGGGGUAAAGUUCCUCCGGCAGAGGUUUGAUGCAGACCGCCCCGCACAGCUCAAGAGCAUGGAGGCAUUAGACACCAAGGCCUGGCCCAGUGGGACUGAACUGGCCUGCUUUGGGAACGAUGACAUUCUAAGCCUCGCCAGGUAUUUUAAGCUUUCCCUCCCUGUGGGGUACAGUGAGGAAGCGCUGCUGAAGGAGUGGCUGGGCUUGAAAGCAGCUACCCAGAACCUUCCAUUCUCCGAGCUGUGUAAGAAUGCCCUGACUCAGCACUGCCGAUUCCCGCUGCUGAGCAAGCUCAUGGCUGUGGUGGUCAGUGUGCCCAUCUCCACUUCCUGCUGUGCACGGGGGUUCAAGGCCAUGAACAGGAUCAGGACCGAUGAGAGGACCAAGCUGUCCAAUGAGGUGCUCAACACACUCAUGAUGACAGCAGUGAAUGGCAUGGCAGUGGCAGAGUACGACCCCCAGCCUGCCAUCCAGCACUGGUACCUGACCUCUUCAGGGCGGCGCUUCAGCCACAUCCAUGCCUCUGCUCCCUUCCAUGCCAGCACAGGGCUCAGGAAGGAAGGGGGUGCAGCAUUGUGUAAGGAGGACUCCAUGGCUGCCCAGAAGACAUCCAUAUACUAUCUGGGGAGCCGUGAGGUCCAGAAGGAUCACAUGGUGAAGGUUCCUGGACUCUAUACCAUCUCAAAGGCCCCGUACUCCUGAAGAGUAGUAGCCUGGAUGAGGCUUUGGGGUCUCCUUGAUUGUGGAGAGAGGCUCUCUGAAGAGAGUCUAGGCUGUCUUGACAGGAUGCCUUAUAGGCCCAGAAUGUGGACAGUGACAGAGGAUUGAAGCCGACAUCCCCCCAAAACAAGGCCCUCAAGGCGCAGCAGUGCCUCCCAGUGCAAAGCAUGCCAGAGAGGCACUUACCUCAAGUCCAUUUUGCCCAGAGAAAGAAUUGCCAUGAGAGAGUUCAUCCCACGCAUAUUCCUGUGGCAGAGGGCUUUACCAAAAUGGGAGAGUGGGGGUGGUGGGAGAAAGGAGCACCCCAGCUCUCUGCAUCCCUGGCACAAAUAGGAGGUGGCCUAUGAGGAAGGCCAUUUGGUGCUGGGACCUUGGCCUGCUGCAGAAGCCCCCAGGAUUGGCCAUUCUGGACCAUUGCCAAGGCUCAUGCAGUAGAAUCAAGGAGACCCUACCCCUCAAGACCUGCCUUAAGCGUCCUUUGCACAGAGCAUCAGAGAGAGGUGGUCUCACCACAGCUCCUCCAUAGUGAGACAUGCUUCCUCUGAAGGGAACCUGGCAUUCCCUCCCCACCCCUGAACCCUGGUACGCUGUGGUACCAGAUACAGUUUCCUGAGGAGUGCACAAGAGGUGGGGGUUGGGAGGCCUGGAGUCCAGGCCAGCUAUUCUGCAGACAAUGUGUGCAUGGUUAAACCUUUCCUCUUCUCUGUGCCUCAGUUUCACUCCUCAUGUGGUUGUCACAGGGAAUCCAAGUGCCUGCUGGCUCCCUGUAGCUAUAGCAGUCAGCAGGAAUGUGUUCUCCAGGUCCUGGAGAACAGGGCUUGCCUAGAGCACUUGCUGCUCCUACCCUGCUUGUCCUCAGUGGUAAAGGUAUUGUAUCAGCCUUGCCGCUAGAGUCCUACUGCAGGCAGAGGUGCUGUCCUCCCGUCCUGUCCACAGGACAGGUGCACCCACCCUUCUGCUGACUGUGCAGAAGUACCACAGCUUGUUAAGUGUCCCCAUCUUGGACAUGUAGAAUCAUAGUCCCCACACCAGCUCAGCAGCUGUAGUUUCC